CCAACCGGUCAAUCUUUGACAUCUUCAGAUUUCGUGAAAGGGUCAGUGGCUCAGUGCAAGUUGAUAUCCAGCCAGCCGUCAGCCGGUUGAGGAAGAAAUACAGAAACUAGAAAUACACAGAGUAUGUCGAAGAUGAAGUGGGCUUACAAAGACGAGAAACCUUACGAGGUGAGACUCGCCGAAGCAUCAAAGAUCAGAGAGAAGCAUCCAGAGAGAGUGCCUGUCAUUGUUGAGAAAGUAUCUGGAGCUCGCAUAGCUGACCUUGAUAGAAAGAAAUACCUUGUACCAGGGGACUUAACUGUUGCACAGUUCAUGCAUGUACUAAGACAAAGGAUACAAUUAGGAGCUACAGAGUCAAUUUACGUGAUGGUGGAUGGUAUUACACCUACUACAAGUUCAACAAUGGCUACGGUCUAUGAUCAACACAAGGAUGAUGAUGGGUUCAUAUACAUGGCGUACAGUGGAGAGAACAGCAUGGGCUGUUCCUGAUCAUCUGUGCACACACUGCAUGCAGCAACUUUAAAAGAAAAUGCUCUUGUUUUUAAUUAUUAUCUUUAUUAUUAUUAUUGUUGUUCUUGUUCUUCUAUUCUCCUUAUUGUAAAUGUCUAUUGCCACUAAUCAUCAA